UUGCGAAUCUUUUUACAUUUUUGGAUUCGAGAAUAACAAGGGAAAGAAGAAAAUGUCGGAGCUACGAACCGGGUUCCUAACAAUGGCGACGAUAGUUCUUAUAUGCCUAGGUUUAACGAUGACGGGAACAGGUUUAUAUCACAAGAAAAUAGUCUCAAAAUGCAUCGGAGAAAGCGAUGGCAGUUUCGUCUUCAUUGGCCUGCUCUUGCUUGUGUUUCCUCAGUUUGGUCUUUACGCAAUCUGUCUUCGAUCAAAACGUAUCUUCACCUUUUACAUCUACGCGAUGAUGUUCGUCUUCAUUGUCCUUAGUGGCUACUCUUUAAAAUGCUUCAUCUACAACACAACUUUUGGUAUCGCCAAGAACCCAGCUCAGGAAACCAGGACCGUCAAGCAGUUGGUCGGGCGUUUAGUGCCUGCAGAAAAACUCGGUAGAGUCACCAACUGUAUCAUUCACAAUCAUGAUUGCAACUUCAACGCCAGCCUAAACAGCAAUGUCUGGAAGUUUUGCUGCGCGCAACCACCAGGAUGUGGAGAGAUGACAAUGUUCGGUGCACCAGGAGAAUGGAGUUGGAAACGGCAACACGUAGAGAACAAAGUCCCUGAAGAAUGCGCUUACGAUUACUGUCUUAGUUGCAAAGGCUGUCAGCUCAGCAUCUUGAAAGCCAUUGUUCAUCAGUGGAAGUAUCUCUCCAUCUUCGCUUACCCGUCACUCUUUCUCGUUUGUCUCAGCCUCGUCAUUGCCAAGUUUAUUCUUGACACGUUCGAUGAACCCGAUGAUUAUCGUGGCUCUUAUUCUUGAUUCAUAAUCUUCCAUUUUGAUACAUAUGUAUUCAUAUUUUAGUAUUUUCAAUAGAUGUAUUAUUAAUAUAACCA